UCUCCAAACAAACCCCAAAACCCUUUUCUAUUUGGUUCGAGAGUUUCCUGCAGGGCGGCCUCCUUCUUCAAGCCUCCCAAUUUCCUUGCUGCUGGCGGCGACCCGAUUUAAGCCCACCCCUCAAAUUCCCCUUCUCCAAUCCAUCUUUGAAAAAACCGACCGCUUCUCCACUCCCCCUUUUCAUCUAAAACCGUAAAGACCCAAACAGAGAGAGGCGGGUUUUUCUUGCUGCUGCUAAAAAGUUGAUCUUGGGGGUCAUGGCGGCCAUUUCUCCUUCCUCAGAUCAAGCUGCAGAGUUGCUGCAGAAACUAUCCUUAGAUACACUGGACAAGCCCCUCCAAGAUCCAGAGCCCACAAACAAGACUCCAGCUGUUCAGUAUGCACCUGUUGACAUUGCUAAUCAGGUCAAUGGUUUCAAACCGUUUGAGAGGACUGCAACUUCUCCCCAUCCUGAUUUUAUGGACCCAAGCAUGUUCUACAAUCCCGCUGGUUACCCAUCUUCGACUUACUAUUAUGGAGGUUUCAAUGGAUCAUCUGCUAAUGACUGGGAUUGGUAUGGAAGUUCUAAUGGAGUUGAAAUGCCUCCUGGUGUUUAUGGAGAUUAUCAAAAUAGUUAUGGCUAUACACCUUAUGGGACAUAUUCCUCAUCGGGUUCUGCUAUGAGGCCUGAUAAUCCACUUUAUGGUCCUCAGCAUUUCCAGUAUCCCACCUAUUUCCAGCCUUCUGCUACAAGCAAUGGGCAUUUCACAGCCAACGGAGCUAACACUUCCCAAGCUGAUGUUUCAGCUCCAGUUGCUACCGACACAGUGCAAUUAUCAACAGGAACAAUGAAAGGGAACCAGAGUUCUGUUGGAAAUGUUGUGAGCAACAGGGACAAUGGGUCAAAGCCUUUAAGACCAAAUUAUCAUACCCCAUACAUGAAGUCGACUGAUUUUUACGGAUGGGGAGGCUUGCCAUCAGCAAGUUCAGGGAAUUCUUCGGCCUUUUCAUAUGGCAAUAAUUUUUCUUCUGGAAGAAGUCAGAACCCACACCCUCUUCCACAUCUCGUGGGCAUGCAACACCCUCGAGCAGGAUCAGGGAUGGAUCAAUCUGGUUUCUCGGGUCGGAUGUACCCAAAUCAUAGGAUGUAUGGCCAAUAUCCAAGCACAUUUAGACGUGGUGCAGGAUAUGUUCCUAAUGGCUUCGAUGCAAGGAUAAAUGGCCGUGGUUGGUUUGCUGUUGAUAACAAGUAUAGGUCCAGGGUUCGUGGCAGUAAUGUACUUGUUUAUGGUAGUGAAAGUGUGGAUGGCUUAAAUGAACUGAAUAAAGGACCUCGAGCAAAGGGCUUCAAGGAUCAAAAGGACUCUGAAGCUAUUACCUUGGCAGUGAAGGGGCAAAGCAUCCCCGUAAUGGGCAAGAGCGAUGAGGAUAACCUGCCUGUGUUUCCAGACAGGGAACAGUACAACAAAGAUGAUUUUCCUGAGACCUACUCAGAUGCUAAGUUCUUUGUAAUUAAAUCGUACAGUGAGGAUGAUGUCCAUAAAAGCAUUAAAUAUGGCAUGUGGGCAAGCACACCCAACGGAAACAAAAAGCUAGAUGCUGCUUACAAGGAAGCCCAGGAGAUAUCUGGUGGAUGUCCUUUAUUCCUCUUGUUCUCUGUCAAUGCAAGUGGGCAGUUUGUUGGUCUUGCUGAAAUGGUGGGUCCUGUUGAUUUUGACAAAAGUAUGGAGUACUGGCAGCAGGACAAGUGGACUGGUUGCUUCCCUAUUAAAUGGCAUAUUAUCAAAGAUAUACCAAACAGCACCUUGAGGCGUGUUACGCUAGAAAACAAUGAGAAUAAACCUGUAACAAACAGCAGGGAUACUCAGGAGGUUAAAUUUGAGCAGGGUAUUGAAAUACUUAAAAUAAUAAAAGGUCAUUCAAGCAGGACGUGCAUUUUAGACGAUUUUGAGUUUUAUGAAGGGCGUCAAAAGGCCAUGCAAGAGAAGAAGGCCAAGCAGAAGCAGUUCUAUAAGCAGGUUGGUGAUGCGGUGGUGUCAAAUGGCACAGAAAAGGAUGGGUUGGUAAGUAAACAGGGAUCACAAAGAUCUGUCGAAGUAGGUGUAGCCUUGGCCAAGGACUCAGCUGCUCCAAAGGCUACUGUUCCUGGGGUUAUCGAAACUAGCCCGGAUCUCAAGUUUUUGAAAGAUAACGGUGCAGUUGCAGCCAAUAGCUGAGGACGCCUUGGAACGGCUUUCAUGUGGACUCUUAAAAGGAAAAUAAAGCUGUUUCAAAUGGAGUUUGAGUUUCUAAUAGUGGCAUUUAUUUUUAUUUUUUUAAAUUUAUGACUCUGAUUUAGUAUUAUAGUUGGUUGAGCUUUUGGAAUUUGGCAAGAUUAGCUACCGCAGUGAAUUCUUCUUCUGUGUUUCAGCCCUUGUUUUCUUCUCUUUUCCUUUUCCUUUUCCUUUUUAAUGUAUUUGUUUUCCCUUUGGUGAGUGGAAGUGAUAUAUGUAGAAGGAGAAAGGUUGUAGUGUAGUGCACCGAAGACAUAUUGCAAUUACCUUUUCAGUCUCUGAGUUGACUUUUAGAUUUGCGCA